UAUUAUUGGAAAUCACUUGCAGCUCUCAAGAUUCAACAUGAAGAGUACAACCAUUUUCGUUGUGGCACUGACUGUGUUCAGUUGCAUGUUCGGGGGAUCUUCCGUUGAAGCGAACUGUGCUGUAGAUGAUCAAAAAUGUAAAACGAUCCUCGAAUUAAUCGAAAUCAGUAAUAAAUGUCUGGAUGAGAUCAACGAUGCUAUUACAGAUGCUCUGGCUAAAGCUAGCCCUGAAGAAAAAGAUGUGAUAACAAACGCUAUUGUUUAUUAUAUGAUGGGCUUUAAUAUAAUUGUCCCUGAAAUUCACGCACAACUCACGGAGGCGUGCAACGGUGGCUCUGAAGAAGAACAACUGUGA